AUGACAUCUUCUAUGGUCUCUUCCAUGGUUCUCUUUCUCCUUCUUCUUCUUGUGUUUCCGCACAUCGAUAAAGCCCUUGGCGCACAAGAGGAAACCCAGAAACAAAGUGAGUCUUUUCGUCUUUUAGAUGAUCGGAGGUCAUUAGUAUCAAUUUACGUGCAGAAGAGACUUAUCAUCCUGAUCAAAGGGGGGGGAUUGGUGGUUUAUUUAGAAAAUUUCAUGGGAAAUGUCCAAAAAAAAUUCCCGCCUGUAAGGGAAAUAUCAAUUUACCUUCUCCUCCGCCCAAACUUUUGUAGAGUUAAAUCUCCUCCAAGGCCCCACAGGUCUUUCAAAGGCACAUUCGAACCUGAUCAUUGA